UCCGGCUCCAGUUGUCCGCUACACUGACUGUAAAGAAGCAGCAGCAGCAGCAGCAGCAGCGGUGUUGUUGACCUGUUUUUUGUUCCCAUGAAACACGGACGUAAAUUAGAUAAAAGAAAACUAGUUUUAUUUUUAAUUAAAAGUUUUAGUUUUAAAGAAACCACGAUUUUACGUCACCAUGAGAGACGUUCACCCAACGAACAACACCUGCGACGUGGCUGAAAUUCCUGACUAAGUUGUGUAAAGUGCAGCUGUCGUCACUGCACUUUAGAGAAAAAGAAAAGAACAAGAACAUGAACCAACACCAGGAAUAUUGGACUGGGAAUUGGGGAGAAAGAAAUCAAUAACUGAUCAAUGACUGAGGAGAUUGAUCUGGGAUCAGGAGAGACUUCAGUGGAUGGAGAUUUUCUUAGAACCCUGAGUAAAAGAUAUAUUUUAGAAUUACAAAAAGUCCUGAACAUCAGUGAAGGAGGAGCUGGUUCUGGUUCUGGUUCUGUUUCAGGUUCUCUGGUGAAGCUGUGGUGCCGCUCUGGUUCUGCAGUUCUGUGUCUGAUCACUGGAAAUGGAACAGAAGUGGACGCACACCUGAACGACAGCAGUCACAUGACAGUUGUCAACGCCUCCUACAACCACUGGUCCGGUCUGACUCUGGCCGUACUGUCGGCCUUUCUGAUUGGUUCCAGUGUCAUUUUGAAGAAGAAAGCUCUCCUCCGAUUGGCUAGUGCCGGUCAGACCCGAGCAGGUGAUGGAGGUCACGGUUACCUGAAGGACUGGCUGUGGUGGGGGGGGCUGUUAACAAUGGGGGCAGGAGAGGUCUGUAACUUUGUGGCCUACAUGUUUGCCCCGGCCACACUGGUGACCCCGCUCGGCGCUCUGAGCGUCAUCAUCAGUGCACUUCUCUCCUCCUACCUGUUGGGGGAGGUACUCAAUGUGGUUGGGAAACUUGGCUGUUUGCUCUGUGUGUUGGGGAGCAUCCUGCUGGUCAUCCACGCCCCUGAGGAGCAGGAAGUGACAUCACUACAGGAGAUGACCCAUAAGAUGUUGGAACCAGGUUUUCUGGUCUACGUCUCCGUCGUCCUGCUCCUCUGCGUGGCGCUCAUCUUUUAUUUCUCGCCUCGUUUUGGCGGCUCCAACAUCCUGGUCUACAUCAGCGUCUGCUCGCUGCUGGGAGCCUUCACCGUGUCCUCGGUGAAAGGCCUCGCCAUCGUCAUCAACACGGUCCUUUAUGACAUUUCAGUGCUCGCUCACCCUCUCAGCUGGAUCUUUCUGGUCACGCUCCUUGUUUCCAUAGUAACACAGGUGAACUACCUGAACAAGUCUCUGGACACCUUCAACACUCUGCUUGUUUACCCCAUCUACUACGUCCUCUUCACCUCCGUCGUCCUCUCCACCUCCAUCAUCCUCUUCCAGGAGUGGAGGAGCAUGGCGGCUGUGGACGUGGUCACCAUAGUGGGCGCCUUCUCGGUCAUCGUGGUGGGCGUGGCCAUGCUCCACCUUUUCAAAGAGCUGCAGGUGACAAUGAAGCAGCUGACCAGUCAGCUGACCAGUCAGCUGACCAAGCCCCCAGAGGGGGAGGGGCCUACAGAGGAGACAGCUAAUGUAGGACGACAACAAGGAGUCAACAAGGAAAGGAGAUACAAGAAAGAGGACAAAUAUGAACUUAUGGACAACAUGGUGAUAGAGAGUCUUCCUCCGAUGAGAGAGGACGGACCCCGAGUCUUCAUCAUCAGCUGAAGAAGACCACCCAUGCAGGAAGUGGACAUUGUUAGCGCUGCUGUCUCCUGAGACAUUUCAAAACCUGUGGUAUCUGAGGGACGUUGACAGAACAGUCUACACAGACUAACGUAGACUGACGACAAAGAGACAUCAAAUCAACCAUCAAUGAAGACAAAGAAAAACUACUGUGAAUUUAAUUUAUUUUAAUGCGACAAGGAGAAAGUUACAAACACCGAUUAUUUCAUGUGAACAAAAACAUUUUUAAUAUUUUUUGUCUGUUACAUUUCUUAUCUUUAUUCUUUAAAUAUAUCGUGUAUUUGCUGACAUUUGCAAACACAUUAAAGGAUUUAUUUUAAUCAGA